AGAAACCCAGGAAGAGAAGAAGAAGAAGAAGAAGAAGAAGACGACGACGACGAAGCAGAAGAAGGAGAAGAAGGAUUCGGUUCGGCAUGGGAGCAGCUGGAUUCCUCCGGCGACGGGAGACGGUGCUCUGCUUCUCCGCCCAGCCGCCGCCGCCGGCUCCUCUUGGAACCGCAUGAAACCGUCCGGCGGCCGCCGAAUUCCGCGUCCGGAUUGCUCGAGGUCCCGAGCCGGAAUCGCUCCGAUCAUCUUUUCUGGCGGCGGCGGUGUCUCUCUUCGUCGUGCUUCGGUUUCGUCGAGGGCGAUGGUUCCGGUUCCUUCGUGUCCGAAAAUGGGAAUGUCGCGCCGCGGCGGAGAUCUUCCGGUGACCGUCGGUUGAUUGCUGCUGUUCUCUCUUUAUAUUUUGAUGUGGAUUUGGCUCUCGCUGUUUCGUUCUUGCGCUUGCGCUUGCUUCUUGGAAAGGGAGAUAGAUUGCGGGUCGGUAUUGGCUAAUUGAGGUGCUGCGGGAAUUGAGUUUUUGCGGAGGGGGGUUUGAGGAGGGAGGGAAGGGGAGAGGAAGGAAGGGAAGGGAAGGAAAGGAAAGGAAUGGAGGCGUUGAGCUUGGGGUCGGUGGAUGAUGUGGUGGCGGAGAUCAUGAGGAUCCACAGAUCUCUGCCGACGAGGCCUUCCAUCGACGAGGCCGAGGCGGCCAAGGCGCUGAUCCGCAAUGUGGAGAAGGAAGACCAGGCUAGGCUGGACGCGAUCGCGAGGCAGACCAAGGGCCUCGACGUGCCCGAGGAGUUGUUCAUGAUCCUGCAGGAGAUGCAGAGGAACCUGGUCUAUUACCUGGGCAAAGAGCAGAAGAAGGACGCCGUGAGAUUGCUCGACCUCGAGAAUGUCCACGCGCUGUUCGACGAGUACAUCCAGAGAGCCUCCGAGUGCCUCUCGUCCGGGUCGGAUUCUUACAAGAGGAGUUACUCGAAUGGCUCUGCUUCUAAGGUUUCGAGCGGCGGCGCGAGCGUCGCUGCUGCCGGCCCUGCUUCUGUCUCCGCGGUACCGAAGAAGUCAUUUCCGGGUGCUUCGGCAAGCUCCUAUUACUCAGAGAAGGACCCCGCGAAGAGCGGUGAUUUGUUCACUAGAGACGAUAGUUAUGUGAAGAAGACGAAGUCCUCAUUCUAUUCCGAUGGUAUUGGUGUUAGCCCUGGUGGUUUAUCAACCCCACAGAUACAGGAUUCAACUUUGAAGGCCGGAAGUGCUUUAGGUCAAGAUGGUGAGAAAUUGAGCUUGAUAAAGCUUGCCAGUUUGAUUGAAGUCUCUGCAAAGAAAGGGACUCAAGAACUCAAUCUCCAGAACAAGUUGAUGGACCAAAUCGAAUGGCUUCCCGAUUCAAUUGGAAAACUAUCAAGUUUGGCCAGCAUGGAUCUAUCGGAAAAUCGAUUACUAGCCCUACCUGCAACUAUCGGAGGCCUCUCAUCUUUAACGAAGUUGGAUUUGCAUGCUAACAGAAUUGCUGAACUCCCAGAAUCCAUGGGUGAUCUCCUCAACUUAGUCUUUUUAGAUCUGAGUGCAAACCAACUGGCAUCCCUGCCUGCCAUUUUCAGCAGACUGGUGCGUCUUCAGGAACUUAACUUGAGCUCAAAUAGACUGUCUGCACUUCCUGAGUCGAUAGGAUCUCUUGUUAGCCUGAAGAUCUUGAAUGUGGAGACCAAUGACAUUGAUGAGCUGCCACAUACUAUUGGCCGCUGCUCUUCACUUAGGGAGCUCCUUGCAGAUUAUAACCGGCUGAAGGCCCUUCCGGAAGCAGUAGGGAAGAUUAGUACCUUGGAGGUGUUGUCAGUUCGAUAUAAUAAUAUCAGACAGUUGCCUACUACAAUGGCAUCUCUAUCAAAUUUGAAGGAGCUUAAUGUAAGCUUUAAUGAGCUUGAGUCUGUGCCUGAGAGCUUAUGUUUUGCUACCACGCUCGUCAAGUUGAAUAUAGGCAACAAUUUUGCUGAUCUGAGAUCCCUUCCGAGGUCUAUUGGGAACCUUGAAAUGCUCGAAGAAUUAGAUAUCAGCAAUAACCAAAUACGGGUCCUUCCAGAAUCAUUUAGGAUGUUAACGCGGUUGCGUGUCUUGCGUGUGGAAGAAAAUCCUUUAGAAGUUCCACCAAGAUAUAUUGCAGAAAAGGGUGCACAGGCUGUUGUUCAAUACAUGGAGGAACUUGCUGAGAAAAGGAACCAACCACAACCUGUGAAGCAGAAGAAAGGCUGGGCUCAUAUAUGCUUUUUUUCAAGGUCUAAUAAAAGAAAGCGAGGUGGAGCUGAUUAUGUGAAAACCUGAUUGUGGACGAGCAUACAGGGAUGAAAUGACUGAUACGUCAGCGUUCCCUGAAACCAUUUUUAUUUCAUCGUGUGACCAGGUAUCGGCGGCAUUUUCAGGUAUGACGAGCGCAUUUUGGAAAGCCGACCCUCCCCAUAUUCUGACACGGCGCGACUCUUUUAAACUAUGGCUUGCAUGACUCCCUUCUGAAAACUGUAGAUUUCGUCCUCACCCCCCAAAGUUUUCCUCCCAUUUUCGACUCAAAAAGAUUUACAAAUUUUUCUGCUUUCCCAACUGUUGUGAAUCAACUGUGUAUUCAUCCUUUGUUCUUGGACUUAGCAAAAAUGAGGUGUAUACAAUCAGCCGGCGCAUAAACGGAAGACGACCAUCAUGUUGUUGUAUAUACAAAGACUCGGGUACCUGUCUCUUUCUUUACCCCUCUCUCUUUUGUCCAAUGAGAUCACUCCGACAUCACCCGCGGCAGCAUAGCCUUGAAUCUAUCAGCACCGCUGGUAAUGUCCGAGCAAAAGCUGAAGCCGUGGGACCGCCGCUCCGCUGAUUUUGGCGUUUUCUGUCUCGUGUCGUGGCAGCGGCGGCGGCUCUGAAAUUGGAGAUCCCAAUGCCCAAAGUCCUCCAAUACACGGUCAGUGAGAAAAGAGAGGGUCUUCUUACCUGAAAGUCUUUGAGAUGCGAGGUUGCGUUAGUUGAAUGAUUAACUUUCUCUCAGCUUCUGUAUCUUUGCUUUGAGUUUUGUACUUUUGUUCUCUCUUUGAAUAAUAAUGUAUAGCAGGUGGGCCAUGAGAAUGGGGAGGAUGAA